AACGUCACCAACAAAACUAUUGACCACCUGACCACAAAGCAUUGCGGCUAUAAUCGGUGAAGCGCAUAAUUUUGGCGGAAAUAUGGUUAAAAAGACUGUGAUAAUAUUGUUGUUGUUGUUGUCGUUGCUGUUGCUGGUUGAGAGAAGACAUUUCUCCACUAUAUAAAUAGAGGCAACAAGUGCCACAUUUCACGCUUAGUAUUAUUUGAUAGAGGAGAAGAAACAAGAGGACAUACCUCUACGCAGAGAAAACUAACAAAAAAAACAAAAAAUCAAACAACAAAGAAGAAAAAUUAACCCCUCUCCUACACCCACCAAUAAAGUCAAUUGAACAAAAAGAGAUGAAGAAGCGACGCAUAACCAGUUCGUGGCGUGGACGUGGUCAACAACACUCAGCAGGAGUUCCUAUAGCAGCUGGUGCCACAUGCUUCCGUGUUACUUGUGCCGCAUUGGCACGCGUUUGGCAUGCGCCGCGGCUCCUCUUCAAAGAUUUGCUAAUUGUUGCAAUUGCCGUCGGUCUUGGCAUGAUUGCCACUUGCUCGGCUGUUGGCUAUUCCUAUGCCCGUUUCGAGGGUCCGGUGGUGGGGCCAGAGCAUUUAAUCACUAGCCACGAUGGCACCUCCGACUAUGUGGCCCGUCCCGAAUAUAGUUUCGCCUAUGGCGUUGAGGAUGGCAAAACUCGUGUGCUGCAGAAUCGAAAAGAGACACGCCAGGGCGAUGAGGUAAGGGGUGUCUAUAGCGUAGUCGAUCCUGAUGGCACUUUGCGUGUGGUCAAAUAUACAGCAGAUGAUGCGAAUGGUUUUCAAGCGGAGGUGAUAACAAAUGGUGUGGCUACCUUGCAUGGACAUGGCAAUGCUGAUGAGGGUAAUGCCGGAUUACUGGCAGUCGAUCAGCAUGUUCGUCAUGAAAUUGAGCACAACAAUGAUGCAGAAGAGGAGGACGAUGAGGCUGAUACGGAGGAGGAGGGCCACAAUGGCCAAAGGCAUAAAAGUAAUAAUCAAUAUAAGGUCCAUGAGGAUCAAAAUGAGGCCGAAGAAGAGGCUGGCGAUAAUGAGGAAGGUGGCGGUGAUCAUGAGGAAUAUGAGGGAAGCAGCGAGGAGGGCUAUGACGAUGCCGAUGCUCAUCAAGAGCAAGACAGCAGCGAAGAGUAUUAAUUCGUCCUUGCUGCUAAGUGAUAUAAAUCUGAAGGAACUAACCAAAAACUCGAAAGAUCAGUGUGACCCAUAAAUUAGCUUAU